CCUCACUUAGUACCUCUUCAUUGUUAAGCCCUUCAAUAAACACAUAAGAACAGAGAUUUUGGAAGAUCAUCAUCAAUGGCAGUCCAAGUUUACAUAGUCUACUACUCCAUGUACGGGCAUGUGGAAAGACUAGCAGAAGAAAUAAAGAAAGGAGCUGAUUCUGUUGAUGGCGUUGAGGCCAAACUAUGGCAGGUACCUGAGACAUUGGCAGACGAGGUGCUUGGUAAAAUGAGAGCACCACCCAAGAGUGAUGUACCGAUGAUUAGCCCCAAUGAGCUCUCUGAAGCUGAUGGUUUUGUCUUUGGCUUCCCGACAAGAUUUGGAAUGAUGGCUGCUCAGUUCAAAGCAUUUCUGGAUGCAACUGGAGGUUUGUGGAAAACCCAACAGCUUGCAGGGAAGCCCGCUGGAAUCUUCUAUAGCACCAGCUCCCAAGGUGGUGGGCAAGAGACUACAGCGCUUACUGCUAUAACUCAGUUGGUUCAUCAUGGAAUGUUAUUCGUUCCAAUUGGAUACACAUUUGGUGCUGGAAUGUUUGAGAUGGAGGAGAUCAAAGGAGGAAGCCCCUAUGGUUCAGGAACUUAUGCUGGUGAUGGUUCAAGACAGCCAACUAAGCUUGAACUGGAGCAAGCAUUCCACCAGGGCAAGUAUAUUGCCAGCAUCACAAAGAAGCUCAAGGAAGCUGCAUAAUAUUAUUGAUUUUAUCAAGAUCUACACUUAAAUGGUGUUUGAUAAUGUUUCAUUAUAUUUUAGUUAUACAAUGUGUUGAGUUCUGUUUUCAGGUGCUUGCUUGUAAUAGUUUGUUAUUUUCUUUGAAAACAAAAUGAUUUGUAUUCAGGUGUAUUUUCAUGUUACAUGGUGCUGUGAUUAUUAAAAUUUACUGAAUAAAUUAAUGGAAGAUUGUUCUGUGUC